GUGGCCUGAGGGGGCGUGGCCCGUCCCGCCUAUAAAGCAGGCGCGGCGGGGCCGGGCGCACUCAGUCGGUGAACCUCCCGGGCAGAGCGCGGACCUGCGGUGCUCACCCCGCCCGGCCGCCCCUCCGUGCUCAGGUGUGUGGUGAGGUGAGAACAAUGGCAUUUAAGAAGGUUUGGUGUGCUCUAGCCCUGGGAAUUCUGCUGCCUUUCUCUUGUGCCCACACAGACUUCUUCACUUCCAUUGGCCAUAUGACAGACUUAAUUAAUACAGAAAAAGAUCUGGUUGUGUCACUCAAAGACUACAUCAAGGCAGAGGAGAGCAAGCUGGAGCAGAUCAAAAAAUGGGCAGAGAAGCUGGACAAGCUGACAGAUACUGCCACCAAAGACCCAGAGGGGUUUUUGGGCCAUCCUGUGAAUGCAUUCAAGUUGAUGAAAAGGCUGAACACAGAGUGGGGUGAGCUGGAGAGCCUGGUCCUCAAGGACAUGUCAGAUGGCUUUAUCUCCAACAUGACAAUCCAGAGGCAGUUCUUCCCCAAUGAUGAGGAUCAGACUGGUGCAGCCAAGGCCCUGCUGAGGCUCCAGGACACCUACAAUCUGGACACAGACACCCUCUCAAGAGGGAACCUGCCAGGUGUGAAGCACAAAUCCUUCCUAACAGCUGAAGAUUGCUUUGAGCUGGGGAAGAUUGCCUACACAGAAGCUGACUAUUACCACACAGAGCUGUGGAUGGAGCAAGCCCUGAAGCAGCUGGAUGAGGGAGAAGUGUCCUCUGCAGACAAAGUUUACAUCCUGGACUACCUGAGCUAUGCUGUCUAUCAGCAGGGGGACCUGGGCAAGGCCAUGGCACUCACCAGGCGCCUCCUGGAGCUGGAUCCUGAACAUCAAAGAGCAAAUGGCAACAUGAAAUACUUUGAGUACAUCAUGGCUAAAGAGAAAGAAGCAAACAAGUCCAGCACAGAUUCAGAAGAGCAGCAGGAGAAGGAAACUGAGGUUAAGAAAAAGGAUUACCUGCCUGAGAGAAGGAAGUACGAAAUGCUGUGCCGUGGGGAGGGGCUCAAAAUGACUCCCAGGAGACAGAAGAGGCUCUUCUGCCGCUACUACGACGGCAACAGGAACCCCAGGUACAUCCUGGGCCCCGUCAAGCAGGAGGACGAGUGGGACAAGCCUCGCAUCGUUCGCUUCCUGGACAUCAUCUCCGACGAGGAGAUCGAGACUGUCAAGGAGCUGGCAAAGCCCAGGCUGAGCCGUGCUACUGUUCAUGACCCUGAGACUGGGAAACUGACCACAGCACAUUACAGAGUCUCUAAGAGCGCGUGGCUGUCGGGCUACGAGAGCCCGGUGGUGUCCCGCAUCAACACCCGGAUCCAGGACCUCACAGGGCUGGAUGUCUCCACAGCAGAGGAGCUGCAGGUAGCCAACUACGGCGUAGGGGGCCAGUAUGAGCCUCAUUUUGAUUUUGGAAGGAAAGAUGAGCCAGAUGCUUUUAAGGAAUUGGGAACAGGCAACAGAAUUGCUACUUGGUUGUUUUAUAUGAGUGAUGUGUCAGCAGGGGGAGCCACGGUCUUCCCUGAAGUGGGAGCCAGCGUUUGGCCAAGAAAGGGAACAGCUGUGUUCUGGUACAAUCUCUUCCCAAGUGGAGAAGGUGAUUACAGCACGAGACAUGCAGCCUGCCCAGUGCUAGUGGGAAAUAAAUGGGUGUCCAACAAGUGGCUCCACGAGCGGGGGCAGGAGUUCCGCCGGCCGUGCACGUUAUCGGAGCUGGAAUGAUUCUCCUGUGGGAAUGCACACACCUGCCAGUUUACAGCUAACAAACACUCCACUACAGCUUCCACUACAGAUGUGGACAGGACAAACAUGCUUUUAGUUCCCUCCAAACCCUCCCCUAAAGGUUUAUUGGCAGAAAAUACUGAGGUUGACAAGUGUUACUGGAAAAAAAAAAAAGGACAAAAUACAGAUGAGGGCCACAACUUACAGUGGUGUUGUGUGUGGUGUUCCUGUCACCAUCAUCCCUCUGAGCAGUGUGGGCAGCCAGGGGUUGUCUGGAGUCCUCCUCACCCCUGCCAGGCUUAGGCCAAGGUGGUUUCCUGGUAGGAAUGCUGAAUUAAACCCAUUCCUAUUCCUCAUUUCCCAGACACUCAACUCUUUGCUUUCCUGGAGUGCCUGACCACUGCAGGCAUGCUUUGGUUUUUUUUCCUCUGGAAAACAGGUUAUUAGCAUGUUUUAGCCUGGUUUUCUACUUCUAGAAAAGCCCCACUUUUUAAACUUGUCUUCCUUCUCAGCCUGUGGGAAGAAUUUGGCUCUUAGUCUUGACUAAGAGCCAGCAGUUCCACAGGCAGAGUCAGGAUCCUUCCACAGUGUCAGAGCAGCCUGGGAACACCCACAGCCCAUCUUCCCUCCUCUUCUGCAAUGUUUGUCCACAUGAACAAAUGCUGCUUUUGUUCUGUCCUGGCAGCCAGCUCUUCCCAUCUUCAUUAAUCAAAAUUGUCGUGCCUUAGGACACUGGAAUUUCAAAUUGGUUCUGAGACUUCAGGUGCUGAGGUAACACAGAGUCCUCACAGAAUGCUCCCUCCUCAUCCUCCUCCCAGCUCUCAAGGUUUCUGGAGAAACUCUCAGCCUAUUUAUAGUUCCUGACGCUUUUUUAGAUAUAGGCUUGCUUUCCUGAGCCCUUUCCCUUCCACAGCAGGAUUUAUAGCAAAAUAUCCAAAUACCUCAUUAGCAUGAGGACAAAAAUCAAAGGAAGCUGCACCUGCCUCUGCCUAAACAGUCCAAUUUUCUGGAUGAUGAUGAUUUUACUGAUUUAGGGGUCAAGCCUGAAGUCUUUACCAAGGGAAAAAUUCCAAUUUUGGUUAAUUGGAUUUUCUGCCUCAAUAAAAUCUUGACAAUUGAGCCAAAACAUACAAAACCUAUUGUUAAACAUGCUAGAAAUACCUCUGGAGUACUGGGAAUGCAGUUUAAGGUACUAUAGUUGGAGGAACUGCAUACUUUCAGAAGACACUUGACAAGGUUUUUGCUGGAAAAUAAUUGUUAAAUUUCUACUGAGCCUGGUAGCAGUGGGACACACAGAACUGCCCCUCCUUAGCCCUGCACCUUCCUGAAUUUUGCCUGGCUUUUGGCAGCUGGAAAACAAGGUCCAUCCAUAAUGUAAGAACACAAAAAGUCUGCACACUCCCACCUCACAUUUGUACUGCUCCUUUUCCAAGAGCAGGAGCUGAUCUAAAUAAAUUUACCCCAGAAGUGCAUUAGCAGGGCCGAUCUUUGAGCACUAAAUUGUGAUAAUUAAAAAAUCCAAAACCUGUAAGAUUUGUGCCUACCUGAGUUUUCUCACUUCAUCCAUCUCUCUUCCUAUCCAUGGUUCACUUUUUUUUUCUUUCUCAUCUCUUAAGCUCCAAAAAGGUAACCUUGGCUGCAGGUACCUCCCACCACAUCCCUGCAAGUGAAAGUGCCCAGUGUGGAGUUGGGAAUCCUGCCUUUGGGGAUUCCAUAACUGCUUGUAGGGAACCAAGUCCUACUUAGUAAAGGAGCACAAAACAAAAUCCCUGCAUUGCCAUGCAGGUGUGGAAAACACCUGCAUUUGCUCUUACUGUCCCAUCUCUGUUCAACAACUACCAAAGCAUGCAAAAAGCCAGAGUUGGGGAAUUUUGCUCAGCAGUUCCCUCCCUCAGUUCAACACCAGUGAGUGCUUCCAGUGUUCAACAGCAUCAGUCUCAGGCUUUGCUUGGGGAGUACAAAUGUUCUGGUGCAUGACUUUUGAAAGCAGUGAACCACUCACAGAUAAUUAUUCAGGAAAGAAAUUUUCUACUUUUGACAGCAGAAAAUUAUACUAGGUUAAAGGAACAAAAGAAAUCUUUUAAAAUUAAAUCUUGAGUCUGCUGAGGCACAGCAGGAAUGUUCCAGGUUAUGACAACAGGGUUGGCUUUGAUUUUUAAACUGCAGACAAUCCCUCUUUUCCUCCACUGCAGUGGUGUCCAUGCAUCCAAGGCUGACUGUGUAAGGGAUUGCACUGGUGCUGCUCCUCCAGCCUUACCCCACCAUUUCUCAAAGGGCUUUUGGAUCCCCAGCGUGGCUCCUGUGUGAAUUUAGUUUUGUAUUAAACAUGGUUGAAAACUGUCUGGGCUCACAGUGACUGAAAACUGAGAAACUGCCUUACUGUUACAUUUUUUUUUUGUAAUAAAAUUUUUAAUGUAUUAAAAAAAAAAAAAGUGAACAGGCUUAAAAUAAAAGCCACUGCCAUUAGCAGUGAUAAAUCCUCCA